GACCACCCUCGCCGCCGCCGCCGCGAUAGCAGAAGGAGUCUCUCUGCCACGGCCGCGCUCGUCGCCAGGCCGAAGCCGACGCCGAGAUCGCACCUGCCCACUGGCGCUAGCGCCGUCGUGCCCAGCGGCGCGCCAGCCAACGGGCUGGGGGCGCAGGGGCAGCGGUCGCAGCGCAGCGCAGACGGAUGCAGGGACACACGAGCCCCUCCUCCUGGCGUGGCCAUGCGCGUGCCCUCUAUUCCGCUCGCUCCCGCUCUGUUGAUACGAGCCAGCUUAGCGGUGCCGCAUGGGCAUAGGCUGGGUGCUGGUGUCUCCGGCAUGGCGGGAGCGCGCAGCAGGCAGCGCAGGCAGCUGCAGCGCAAGGGCGCUACGCACAGCUGCGUGCAUGAGCGGCAGCAGGCGCACGCGCGCAGGCGCCGCACGGGGGGCGUCCCAGCUGGAGACCAUACUCAGCGCCGCACUCCGCCCAUUCAAUCAGCGACGGGGCUCUCCACUGCACUGGCAUCGAGCAGGAGCCCUUCGUACCACGCUCGAGACAGCCUCGCGCGCGCUGGUCAUUCGAGCGCCGCAGCUGCUGCGAGAUGUCUUGCUGCGCGCUGGCGCUCGCUGCGGCGCGUGUCCGGCGCCCGCGCCGCUGCCAUGCUUUGCCGCGGCCCCAUCGGCGAUCCGGCCUUCGAGUGUUGCACUUGGCUCCAAGCACCGGCAGCAAGGCGGGGCCGUGCUGGGCGCCCUGAGUCGAGUGCUGCUGCACGCUGUGCCGCCGCCGCAGCCGCAGCCGGGCUGGCGGAAUGAAGCUCUCCUUUGCUGCCUGGGCCGCUAGCAAGCACGUCGCUUGCCCCGCCCUCCCGCGCCUCCUCGUGCCUCUUGAGCAUCGCCACGCUAUCGCUCCUGAGCCGUCG